UACCAGAAAGUCCCGGAAGAGGCUGCGUUUGUAUGGGCGCGAGGCGCAGGUGAGCCGCAGCCCACUCACUUUACCUGUAAACAAAGAAAAAAAACAUGCAAACGACACCACGGAUACAGUUUCACGGAUACCAGGCACCAGGGCGACUUCAGAGCUGGUGAUAUAACGCUGGAGAUCAGUGUUUGAUCCAACAUCCUGAUACACACAGCGUUGCCAGACAAACUGCACAGAGCUUACACAUGUAAUAAGUUAACCAUCAAACCUAGUGACUGAAGGAGCAGAACCCCUUGCCAUCCUCUACUAUGGCAGAUCAGGAUCCUGUCAACCCUUCACAUGCUACUUUUGAUCUGUUUAUCCAAGCGCAGACAUGUAAGGAUGUCAAAAACCACUUUGCUGAGCUCUGUAAACAACUGAACAUUGAUCCCAAGGAUUUCAGGACCUUCUACCCCAAACUUAAGGAAAGACUGAACUAUUGGAAGGCCAAAGCUCUCUGGACAAAGUUGGACAAGAGGGCAUCUCACCAAGAUUACCAGCAAGGAAAAGCCUGCACCAAAAACAAGUGUCUUGUGUUGGGCGCCGGACCAUGUGGGUUAAGAACUGCUAUUGAGCUGUCGUUGCUUGGGGCUCAGGUGGUGGUGUUGGAGAAGAGAGACUCUUUCUCCAGAAACAAUGUUCUCCACCUUUGGCCUUUUACUAUUUAUGAUCUUCGCGGACUUGGUGCAAAGAAGUUUUAUGGCAAAUUCUGCACCGGGUCUCUGGAUCACAUCAGUAUCCGUCAGCUGCAGUUGAUUUUACUGAAAGUGUCACUUCUUCUCGGCGUGGAGGUGCAUACCGGAGUGGAGUUCCAGGGCUUGGUUGAGCCCUCAGGAGAUAAUGGUUGGAUGGCCAAGUUGCAGCCUACAUCCCAUCCUGCUGCAGCCUUCCAGUUUGAUGUAUUCAUUUCUGCUGGAGGAGGCAGGUUUGUCCCUGAUGGCUUUAAGCAUAAGGAGCUGAGAGGUAAGCUGGCUAUCGGGAUAACAGCCAACUUCAUCAACAGAAACACAGCUGCUGAGGCCCAGGUAGCAGAGAUCAGCGGUGUGGCUCGCAUCUACAACCAGAAGUUUUUCCAAGAGUUGCUCACAGAGACAGGUAUUGAUUUGGAGAACAUUGUCUACUAUAAAGACGACACCCACUACUUUGUCAUGACUGCCAAGAAGAAGAGUCUGCUGAAGAAGGGGGUCAUUAAACAGGACUACAGUGAUGCAGAAGAACUGCUUGCUCCUGCGAAUGUCGACUAUGAGGCUUUGUGCCAUUACGCCCAUGAUGCUGCCUACUUUUCUACAGGCGGCAAACUGCCUGACCUUGAGUUUGCUCAGAACUACGCUGGCCAGAGAGACGUGGCCAUGUUUGACUUCACCUGCAUGCACCGAGCUGAGAAUGCCUCACUGGUCAGGGAGAGGAGAGGCAAGAAGUUAUUGAUGGGUCUUGUCGGAGAUUGUCUAGUAGAGCCUUUUUGGCCUCUGGGGACAGGCAUUGCUCGGGGUUUCCUCGCUGCUUUUGACACAGCGUGGAUGGUGAGGAGCUGGGGUAUGGGAGUUGCACAUCUGAAGGUUCUGGCUGAAAGAGAAAGUAUCUACCAGCUCCUGUCCCAGACCACACCAGAAAACACCAGCAAAAAUUAUGGCGCCUAUAGCAUCAACCCCAAAACACGGUACCAGAGAGUUAACCUCUCCGCCAUCCACCCCAAUCAGGUGCAGCACCUGUAUAAUGUUGAUAAACUCAAUUCACUGAGCAAGAAACAGAGGAACAGUUCUCACAUGCGCCAAGAUUCAGUCAGUGGUUUUGAAGAGUUGUUGAAGUGGUGCCAGAGACACACCGCAGGUUAUAAGAAUGUAAAUGUAACAGAUUUGACCCAGUCCUGGAAGUCUGGUCUAGCUCUGUGCGCCCUUAUCCAUCACUUCAGACCUCAGCUCAUUGAUAUGUCUGGCCUGGAAGAGUCCAACACAAUUCACAACAACCAACUGGCUUUUAGCAUCCUGGAGAGGGAGCUGGGUAUCCCACCUGUCAUGUCUGCUAUUGACUUGGCCAAUAGUGGGCAAAUAGACAAGUUGUCGAUGGUCUUCUAUCUCACCCAGGUCCAAAAUGCAUUCACUGCACCAGCAAAAGGCACAAUUAAGGACCCUGCGGGCUUCCUGCCAUCGUCCAAGCCCCUGACUCUCUCCCAGACACAGUCAGCUGUCUUUUUCCUGAACAAGCUGAAGCACAACUCUCUGCAAAGACGUAAGGAGAAAUUGGCUGGAGAUAAACGAGCAUCAGAAGGGGAGAGAAGGAUGGGAGAUGAGGAUAGUACGGCAGUGCUCUCUGUGUCUCCUGAGCUCAAACCUGAGCCUGAGUCUGAGCAUGAUCCUGACUCUGAGUUUGGCCCCGGUGUGUCCAUGACCAACAGUGAAGAGUGUUACUUCUGUGGUCAGAGGGUCUAUGUGCUGGAGCGCAUCAGUGCAGAGGGCAAGUUUUUCCAUCGUAGUUGCUUUACCUGCCACCGGUGUAGCAUCACACUCAGACUGGGAGGAUACACCUUUGAUCAAACUACAGGGAGAUUUUACUGUGAGCUGCACUCUGAAGACCUGAUACUGGGAAACACUGCUGAGACGUCAUGUAAGGAUAAUGAAGAUGACAACAAAGGAGAAAAUGAGAAUGAGCUGUCCAGUGAUUAUACACCAUCUCCAUCAGAUGAGGAGUAUGAGCACACUCUGGACUGUGUUCCCUCAAUGCACAAACACUCACUUAAACCAGACGGACAGGACAGUCAUAGACUUGGACCCAAAGAGGAAUCUGUGGAACCACAUUCGGCAUUGACAUUCAGAGAUCCUGGGCAUAAAAUAGAGGUCCCAGGACCCACCAAACACAAGACAGAUGAACUUGUUCCUGCUGUGGCUUGCCCCAUCCCAAAGCCCCGCCUCUCUCGGCAGACCAGCCCUCAGUCUUCUCCCCCGGUUGCGAAACCUCGCACGAUCCACCUUUUUAACCCUUCCACCCCUGAAAAACAUUCACCUUUAAAACCAGGGGAGGUCACCAAGGCCGCACCAGAUUCCCGUCCUAAGCAAUCAUUGCGAAAGCUUCAGCUCACCGACGAGGAGAAAAGCCAGCUCGUCAAUCUUCAGAGCCUCAGCGCAGAUUCGGACUCUGAGACUCCCGGGGGGUCCUCUUCCUGCUCCUCUUCCUCUGCCACUGCAGGAGGUCCGAGCCCCCCUAAACCAGAAGGGCUAGAUGGGCAAGAGGAGGAGGGCUACUGGAGUGGGAGCACCGCAAGUCACAUCAGAGAAAAGAGGAAUCGACGUUGCUUUAGGAGAAAAGAGAUACCAAGUGGACAGACUAGAGUACGAUCCAAGUUUUCACCAUGGAAUCUCUCAUCACCAAGGAUCAGCAGGGAUGGCAGGCUCAGCGUCCUCAGUAACCAUCCAGGGAGAGUGGAAACAACUUUCAGACAUGUCCACAGCACCUCAGAAGAAGGUGCUGAUGGAGAUGAUGAUGAUGAUGACGAAGAUGAUGAUGAGAUGUUUGAACGGGAUGACAUUGACCUAUUUGAUGACAAAUUUCAGGAAAUGCCAUCAGACCCCGCUGAGGCUGAAAAGUUAGAGUUAAUGAAGAUGAGAACGCUGGAGCGACGAGCCAAGAUGAGUGAAUUACAGCGACUGCGCAAAGCUCAGUCCAUCCAGAGGAGACUGGAGGAGAUUGAGGUCACUUUCAAGGAGUUGGAGGAAAAAGGUGUAGAGCUGGAGCGAACUCUGCGUGGCGAGGCUGGAGGCAGUGGAUCUUCUGACAUGAUUGAGCAGUGGAUCCAGCUUGUUCACGAGAAGAACGACCUAGUUUCAGAGGAGUCUGACCUCAUGGUGGCGUCUCGACAGUUGGAGCUUGAAGACAAGCAGAGCAUGUUGGAGUUGGAGUUAAGGAAGUACAUGGAACUGAGUGACAAAACUCCAGAGCAGCAAGCAGAGGAGGACCGGGUUCUUCAACAGAUGAUCGAGGUGGUGGACAUGAGGGACUCUUUGGUGGCAUUUCUGGAAGAGAAGAGGCUGAAGGAGAUAGGCGAGGAGCAAGAAGCUUUCUCAAUUAUGGAAGUGAAACGGCACUCAAAGACUGGAGCUCAGGUUCACUGGUCCUAAGGCUUACGUACACAUACAUACUCAGCAUGAACCUGUACUGUAAAUGCCCUCGCAUCUACUGUAUGUGAGACUUAACUGCUCUCAGUUGUGGAACAUAACUUUCGCAAAGCCAAAGAUGAUAAUUGAGCAUAACUGUGGAGGGUAACCCAACAAAAGUGGUCCCUCAGCGAUUAUGGUAAAGAGUUCAGAGUUUUGGGCCAAAGGCUGAAUGAAAAUCAGUUGCAAUCCGCCCCCUAGAGGGAGACAUAAGCCUGAAGAUCUGAGGCUUUGAGUCUGUGCGUCCAAUAACUCUCCGGCUUAGCCCUGCCUGCCGUGAUAGUGGGACUCCAGCAGCAGACCACAUAUGAAAAAGGAUCCCUAGUGUCUGCUGCACUAUUGAACAACCACUGCAGAGUAAAUAAUCAUUACCUGGCCAGGGACUUGGCCUGGUUUGGUUUAGGAAACGUGACUCCGUUAUCUGCAUAAAAUUACUGUGGUGAGAAACCUGCAAAGUUGGCUUUGAAGCCUUAGAGAUCUAGACUGAAAACAGGAUGUAAAAUGUUUGGAAAACAGAUUGAUGUUGAUUUUACUUGUAUCAUUAUGAAUAAGUGCUACUGUGCACAUAGUAUACAUAUCAUAAUUCUAUGUUUAGUAUUUAUAUAUGGAGUAACUUCUAGAGUUGUGACAGAAAAAAACUAUGAGGCAGUUAAAAUAUAGAAUUAUUAAAUUCUGUUACUACAGUCCUUAUUUCUCUUAUCUUUGGUUUCAUUUCCAUUAUGAAUGUAAUUCAUUUUGUAGCAGUUGCUGCUGUUCAUGCCCUUUCCUGAAAGCAUGUUGGAUAGUUAAUCUCAGGGGUUGAUAGUUCAGUCCUCUAGGAUCAGAAGGGUUUUCACUGAUGGCCUUCAGUAGUCGGCUGCUUUUCAAGCAGUGGUGUAUUCUGUGAACACAUCAGAUUUGGGUUGAAAAGAAAAAACAAUGUAAAUGGACUCGUUUGUCUAUUUAUAAAUGCUAUCAUUUAUCAUUUGCAGGUGUUCCUUUUCACAAUAGCCAAAACCAAGAUAAAGCCUGUUUGUUCAUAAAAGGAAGAGCCUUAUCUUCAUUGUUCUGCUGCCAUUUUGUGCCACCUGCACAGCACUUCACAGUAUAUCAAAUAAAGAUCAUGCACUUUGA